UAUAAUUAAUUUGCGUACAUAGGCUACACGUGUAUAUAUCAGAAGAUCCUCGUGGUAUUUACUACCAAAACUGUUUCCGGUUUGAGGACGUUGAUCAAUUUCCACAGUUAUCGGGUUCUAAGAAACAAAACUAUGGAGGAGAAAUAAGGCACAUAACAUUAGUGUUUGUCUACGUAAUAACUAUUUUGCUCAGUAUUUUGACGGUGUACGCUAUAGCCGAAACAAAGUACCGUUAGUGUGUAUAAAACGGCACUAUUCAGCAAUGUGUUUGUGGUCUGCUCAGUAUAAAAGCGCUGGAGCUCCUGAAGCUGCAGCUCAUUGGACAGCGCGCGGCUGGAGCACGAGCACUACGGAGAACCCACUGGUCUGUUCUUAUAUAGGUUCGUUUCGCUCGUGCUGUUUAAGAAGAGGCUCUUCCUCGAAAAUGAGGUUCGUUUUACAGAGGAGAACUCUUCGUUUGUUCCUGAAUGCAAUUUUUUCUAGAAGCUGGACUUUAUAUAAUGGACUAAAGACAAUUGGACAUUGAUUUUUUUUCUUCAGAAGGAAGAUACUUAUGUCGUUUUGGGGAUUGUUGAUUUUCCAAGACUUUUCAGGUGGGAUGAAGCCGCAUAUGACCUAAUGCUGUGUUAUUUAUUGAGAUUCAUCUGUGCGCUCUCAUUGUGGAGAUGUUAUCCAUGUAUCAUUGCAACUUCUCGGCACCCAGUGCCAUAUCACCCCUCUCCAAUCAGACCCAGGCUGUGGGGAACAUGGCAGCCGUGGGUCAUACGGAAAACCUGACAAACACAAACCCUGUGGUCGCUGGCCUUUCCAUGACCCUGGGUGUCCUGUCCAACAUCAUAGCACUUUUCAUCUUGGCCAAGGCAUAUGCCCGACUGCGCAAACGCUCAAAGGCCACCUUCCUUCUCUUCGCCAGCUCGCUAGUGGCCACAGACUUGGCUGGUCAUAUCAUCCCUGGUGCUGUGGUGCUACACCUCUACUCAAAUGGCGUUGGGACGAAUGCUCCCCUCCAUGCUGAUGCCACCUGCCAGUUCCUAGGUGGCAGUAUGGUCUUCUUCGGCCUGUGUCCACUUUUCCUUGGCAGCGCCAUGGCAGCUGAGCGGUGCCUGGGUGUCACACAGCCACUCCUCCAUUCUCGUCUUGUCUCGGGGACUCGCACCAAAAUGGCCUUGGUGCUAAUCUGGCUGGCAGCACUUGCUAUAGCCUUGCUGCCUGUUGUGAGGCUGGGAGAAUACACCUAUCAGCACCCAUGGACUUGGUGUUUUAUAAAGGUAUUAGGGGAAAUUACGGACACAGAUGUGGCUUUCCUGCUGUUAUUCUCGGCAUUUGGAUUGGGCUCAUUGGCCAUGUCCUUGGUGUGCAACACGGUUAGUGGCAUCACCCUGGUGCGGGCACGCCUGCGCAGGAGGAAAUGCCACCGUAGGACAGCACAGUCGCAUGACAUAGAGAUGGUGGCACAGCUCCUGGGGAUCAUGAUCACUUCCUGUAUUUGCUGGAGCCCCCUGCUGAUCUUCGGCUUGAUGUCAGUCACAAAUCACCACAAUGGCUCCCAAGAGGAAGACAUGUACUAUAAGAAACUGAUGGUGAUGGGGGUACGCCUGGCCUCGUGUAACCAGAUCCUGGACCCAUGGGUUUACAUCUUGCUGCGGCGAGCGGUCCUCAGAAAGAUCUAUCAGCUCACCACUGGCCGCACUGAUAUGAGAGGCAGCACUUUCCGCCGCUGGGAGAUCAGCUCCUUACAGAGCUCUGAGAAAAACACCAUCAAACGGAUCUAACAGAGAGGAUGAACAGAAGAGGGUGGAUACAGUGGACAGCAUCUGGAUAAUUUUCCUGUGCUCUGUAGUGCCUUGCAGUGUAUGUGCUGUGUGCUAUUAGCCAAGGCAGAUGAAGGAAGAAUAUACAGGAGCUGAGGGCAGUGGUCGCUGAAUAGUUUUGUUCUAAGGACUGGAUGAUGCUAAGUUCAAAUCACAUAACUGCCACUGAGAGAGACACUUAAUUUGCAACUGCUUUGUUAAAUCACUUUGGAGAAAUGUAAAUAGUAAUCCAAUUUGUGCCAGCAGUUUAGUCUCAUAUUGGUUCUUUGCCAUAAUGACUUUUCAAUGCCUUCACCAUAGAGGCCAAUGUUGGUCUCAAUAAAUGUGAAUAAUUUUAUUUUAUAGACCGGGAUUCAUAUGUUUCCCUAUAUGUCCCCACAUUAUUGGCUAAUGUAUGGGACACUUAUUAGCUACUAACAGCAUAACUGCGGAGGUUUGCAGAAUACCUGCCUUAAAGAUACUUAAUAUAAAGUUGAUAUCAUACAUGCUUAAUAAAUUCAUGAUGGAAUGAAUGACAUGACUGGAUCUGGGGCUUAAAAAGGAUAAAACAAUCCAAACAACUUUUUUUCAUAAAAACCUACAGAUAUUUGCAUUUUUACCACAUACUUCCAUUUACAUGGAUAUCGGGAAGCUUAAGAGAAUGGUCACGCUACGCUAGAAGUUGCUUGUGUCUUUCAAGAUCUAAAUAUUGUAAAUAUUUUAUUAGUGACUCAAAGUAAAGGCAGAGCUUUUACUUUAAUUGUAUUCAUAGUGAGAUGUUAUUAUAUCUGUAUUUAUUGCCUGUUUUGUUUCCCUAAUUAUGUGACCUGAAAAGUAAUCUAAAUUGCAUAAAAUCUACGAAUAUAAUAAAUUGUGUCACUUU